AAUAUGGAAGAGAAAGAUAUUUUUAAUGUUUUAUAAAUUAGUAUAGUAUAUAUGUACUGUGAUUAUACUGUACAUUAUGUUUAUUUAUGUUGUGCUCAUUUAAAUCUAAAACGAAUUAUGUAUUUAAGCAUUAAGUGAAAGUUACAAUGAUAGUAAAACAUAACUCAAAGUAAAAAGUUAUUAAUAAAGUAGUUAUUUAUCUAACAUAACUAUCAAUAUAAUGGCUGAAGUAGUUCUGAACGUACUGCCCACUAUCAAUAACGAUAUCUCAAAUAGUGCUAUAGAAUCGAAUACUCCAAACUUAUCAGAAAGUAGUCCAAACUCUGAACAUAUUUUGAGUCAAGAACAGUUAAUAGUAACACAGCCUCUCAGUAGUAACCAUGAAAUACCUGACGAUCCAGAAGCAGAAGAAAAUAGACGGCGAAAUGAUGACUGUUGUUGCGCUCCAUAUGAAAUUGAUGAAUAUGACAUAUAUUUCUUGUGCCGCUGCAUAGCAUGGUGUUGUGUUCGAAUUGGAGAAUGUACGGAGGCUUGCUUUGACGGAUGUGGAGAAUGUAUAACAUCUUGUUGUGAGUCUAAUGGAGAUGUCAAUAGUGGUGACGCAGACUGCUGUAGCAAUGCGGAUGGGUGUGAUUGUGAUUGCAGUUGCUUUGAUUGAAAGUGAAAAUCAGUGUUUUUGAGGAAUGUGGCCAUUUACUUAGUAUUUUAUGGUAUUUAAUGUAUUGCUUGUUGUAUACUUUAUGUUAUUCUUAACUAAGGUGCUUAAAGGAUUUUAGUUUAAGUUUUCCUGUUUACAAUGUAAUAGUAUCUGCAGUAGAUUAGGUAAUUAUUUAUACAACUCUUUUAAUCUAAUGAUAUAUUUUUAUAUGUAUGUUGUAUGUUGAAUAUAGAAAUGUGUAAUACUCACCAUUUACUUGUAUCUUACUAUAUGUGUAAGAAUUAAAGGAUAAUAUGCAUAAUUAUGAUUAUAAAAAUUGUUUAGUGUCUUAAGUUCAAAA